GGGUGUCAGCGGGGAGUCAUGAAGAGGAGUGGCACACCAGUGUGGGACAGAAGGAGCUACAGGCCCCCUCCCACAUUAAAGAGGAGCAGCUUCAUGAUGAAGAUGAAGCUCAGUCCUUACAGCUUCAUCACAGUCAAAGUGAGGAGAACAGAGGGGCGGAGCUUGUAAGUCAACACAUCACAGAAGCUGAUGGAGAGCAUUGUGAAGAUAUCAAGUCAGAACCAGACAGCAUCUUUGCUCCACUGUCAGACAUGGACCACAUGAUGUCACACUCUUCUGAUCACAGUGACCACAUCCAAAAACCUUUGGAGAGUAAAAAUGACUCUAAAGGUGAUACGAGACAUCACACUAACAACAAACACUUUGAGUGCUCUGAAUGUGGGAAAUCAUUUAGAAAGAAGAGUCAUUUUACAGAACACAUGAGAACACAUACUGGAGAGAAACCUUUUGCUUGCUCAGCUUGUGCUAAAAGAUUCAAAACUAAGAAGGAAAUGAUAUUACACAUGAGAACACACACAGGUGAGCAAUCUUUUGCUUGCUCUGUUUGUAAGAAGAGUUUCUCCAGAAAGGAACACAUGACCACACACAUGAGAACACACACUGGAGAGAAACCUUUUACUUGCUCUGUUUGUAAGAAGAGUUUCUCCAGAAAGGGUGACAUGACCACACACAUGAGAACACACACUGGAGAGAAACCUUAUGCUUGCUCAGCUUGUGCUAAAAGAUUCAACACUAAGAAAGUCAUGAUCACACACAUGAGAACACACACAGGUGAGAAACCUUUUACUUGCUCUGUUUGUAAGAAGAGUUUCUCCAGAAAGGGUGACAUGACCACACACAUGAGAACACACACUGGAGAGAAACCUUUUGCUUGCUCAGCUUGUGCUGAAAGUUUAAACACUAAGAAGGAACUUAUAUUACAUGUGAGAACACACACAGGUGGUAAACCUUUUACUUGCGCCGUUUGUAAGAAGAGUUUCUCCAGAAAGGAACACAUGACCAGACACAUGAGAACACACACUGGAGAGAGACCUUUUGUUUGCUCAGCUUGUGCUAAAAGAUUCAACACUAAGAAGGAAAUGAUAUUACACAUGAGGACACACACAGGUGAGAAACCUUUUACUUGCUCUGUUUGUAAGAAGAUUUUCUCCAGAAAGGAACACAUGACCACACACAUGAGAACACACACUGGAGAGAAACCUUUUACUUGCUCUGUUUGUAAGAAGAGUUUCUCCAGAAAGGGUGACAUGACCAUACACAUGGGAACACACACUGGAGAGAAACCUUUUGCUUGCUCAGCUUGUGCUAAAAGAUUCAACACUAAAAAGAAAAGUAUAUUACACAUGAGAACACACACUGGAGAGAAACCUUUUGCUUGCUCAGCUUGCGCUAAAAGAUUCAACACUAAGAUUGAAAUGAUGUUACACAUGAGAACACACACAGGUGAGAAACCUUUUACUUGCUCUGUUUGUAAGAAGAGUUUCUCCAGAAAGGAACACAUGACUACACACAUGAGAACACACACUGGAGAGAAACCUUUUACUUGCUCUGUUUGUAAGAAGAGUUUCUCCAGAAAGGGUGACAUGACCAUACACAUGAGAACACACACUGGAGAGAAACCUUUUGCUUGCUCAGCUUGUGCUAAAAGAUUCAACACUAAGAAGAAAAUUAUAUUACACAUGAGAACACACACUGAAAAGAAACCUUUUGCUUGCUCAGUGUUAGAAUAAUUAUGUAUAUAUUAUCACACUAACUUUAGUAUCCUUAAAGUCUGUUGCUUUAGUUAUUAGUUAUUGUGCUCAAGUUAGACUUUUCUAUU